AUGCCAGAACCUCAAAUUGAAGAGGAAGAACCUCCUGAAGAGUUGGUUGCAGAAGAUAUUCCUAAAGAUACUGUUGUUGUGAAUGAAGAACAUGAAAGUUUUGUUGAACCUGAUGUUUCCCUGAAAUCACCAUCCAAAUCAAUAACUACCGAGGAUGAUAUUAUCUCCGAUAUUGAUACUACUAAAACUAAUGAAGAUCUUCCUCAUCCAUCAUCACAACAACAGCAGCAGCCAUUGACUCAAGUAUUAACUUCAUCUUCAUCAUUUGCAGCAAUUUCUUCUCCACCACUGUCUUCUGAUUAUGAACAUCUUGAAAAAGAUGGACAAAGAGAAUUUGAAGAUGAUGAUGAUGAGACUGAUUAUAAUACUGCUUCCAACUCUGGAAUUUCUACUGAAAAGAAGGAAAAUCCAUUAGUUGCCGCUUACCAAGAAAACAAACCUGUUAAGCCAGUAUUAUUGACACAUGUUUCUGAAACUACUAUUGAUGCCAGUGGUGGCGGUACUAGUAAUGGAGGUGAUACUACUCCUAAACUUCCUGGCCAUUAUCCAGUUAGCCCCGAACAUAAAUCUUCAUCUACUACUUCAUUAUCAUCUAAUAAUAAUGUAACUCAAAAGGAAUCAACAUAUACUGGAAAACGUGAAAGUUUGAUUUCUAGAUUUAAGAGUUUAUUUAGAUAA